GUUUCACCCGUGGAUGUAUUGGAUCCCAAGACUUGGGAGUAGACGGAGGUAACUGGUUUGGUGUUGGGAUCAGUCGUAAAUCACGACUGUUUAGGGUUAGAGUGAAUAAUUUAGUUGUGGAUUAAGGUAGAGGUAAACACAUAGCUAUAGGAAAAUAUUUGUUUCUUCCUUUAUCUUCUGAGUCUUGCGAUGUAAUGCUGGCCGUUUCACUCCCCAACCUUGUUUAUUGUUGCUUGGCAACUUCAAAAUACCUUUGGAAGAGGAGCAGAGGGUCUUUAACGACAUGUUAGCUACCUGAGGAAGAUGAUCAACAUCGUCUGGAAAUAUUCCUGCCUCUAUUCUGCUUUUCCUUUGAAUAUGUUUCUGUUCUCUGGUCAUCAUUCCUGUUGGACUUAAACUGCUGCUCAUCUGUGAAUGGUGAGACAUGGGGUCAGAGUCGGUGAAAGUGGUGGUCAGGUGCAGGCCUCUGGAUGACAGGGAGAAGACUCUUGGUUCUCAGAUGGUGCUGUCCAUGGACCUGCAACGCUGCCAAUGCUUCAUAGAGAAGCCUGGGGUAGUGGACGAGCCACCCAAACAAUUCACUUUUGAUGGGACCUAUUUCACUGAUCAAACAACUGAGCAGAUGUACAAUGAGACUGCCUAUCCUUUGGUUGAGAGUGUCACUGAGGGUUAUAAUGGCACAAUUUUUGCCUAUGGACAGACUGGAAGUGGCAAGUCUUUUACAAUGCAGGGGGUAUCUGAGCCUGCAGCCCAGAGGGGAGUCAUCCCACGGGCCUUUGAGCACAUCUUUGAGAGUAUUCAGUGUGCAGAAAAUACAAAGUUCUUGGUGAGGGCUUCCUACUUGGAGAUUUACAAUGAAGAAAUCAGAGACCUUUUGGGAAAUGACACCAAACAGAGAUUGGAGCUGAAAGAGCAUCCAGAGAAAGGGGUAUACGUGCGAGAUCUGUCCAUGCACACAGUGCACAGUGUGGGGGAAUGCGAGAGAAUCAUUGAGCAGGGCUGGAGGAACCGGGCUGUGGGCUACACGCUGAUGAACAAAGACUCCUCCCGCUCACACUCCAUCUUCACCAUCCACUUGGAGAUCUGCAAUACUGAUGCCUCCGGCCAGGACCAUCUGCGAGCAGGCAAACUCAACCUUGUUGACCUAGCAGGAAGUGAGCGUCAGUCUAAAACUGGUGCGACUGGGGAGCGACUGCGCGAGGCCACCAAGAUCAACCUCUCCCUCUCAGCCCUGGGAAAUGUCAUCUCUGCCCUGGUGGACGGACGCUCCAAAUACAUCCCCUACCGGGACUCCAAGCUGACCAGGCUGCUGCAAGACUCUCUAGGAGGAAGCACACGCACCUUAAUGAUCGCCUGCGUCUCCCCUGCAGAUAGCAAUUAUGAGGAAAGCUUGAGCACACUACGCUAUGCAAACCGGGCAAAGAGCAUCCAAAACAGACCUCGUAUCAACGAGGACCCCAAGGACGCUCUGCUCCGAGAGUAUCAAGAAGAGAUCAAGAAGCUGCGGGCCCUCAUCUCAGGCCAGCUGGGCACUGCUAACCUUUCAACUCUGCUGGCUGGUCGGUUGUCUGAGGCAUCCCCUGAUGUUCCUACAAGGCCACAGUCCAACACCACAGAAGCAGAGAAGGAGAAGAUUAAAGAGGAAACCUCAGAGUACGAGGAGAGGCUGGCAAAGUUGCAGGCUGAGUAUCAUGCAGAGCAGGAAUCCAAAGCAAAGCUGCAGGAGGACAUUGCAGCCUUGUGUUCCUCCUAUGAAUCCAAGCUGUCUAAUCUGGAGAAGGCUGGAGCCAGCAGGAGGAGCUCUGACCCAAAGAAAGUGAGCUCAAGCUGUAUGGUGGCUGAAGAACAGCUCUGCCUCAGUGCUGAUCUAGUGGCCCAAAGUGCAACUGGGGAAGUUUCUUUGGCCAAGACUGUUGUACCUUGUGCAGCAGUUCAAGUCCAAAAAGGUCACCCUCACGAAGACGGGCUCAUAGGCUCGACUGAUGUCACCACAGCUGGGCCCCUGGACCAGGAACAUGUCCUGGAAAGGCUGAAGCAGCUGGAACAGGAGGUGGUAGGAGGAGAGCAGGCCAGGAACAAAGAGUUACAGCAGAGACACUGGCAGAGGAAGAAACUGGCAGAUCAGAGGAAAGUCCAGCUUAUCACAGCACUGUCUGAGAACAGCGAGGAGAGUGAAAAUGUGCUAUUGAAUGUCUACAAUUCCAUCCAGGAAGAGGUCCAUGCCAAAAGCCAGAUGCUGGUUAAGGUGCAGGGCAAGCUCAAAGCAGCCAAACUGGAGAUCCGUGACCUGCAGGCAGAGUUUGAAGUGGAGAGGAAUGAUUACCUGGCAACCAUCCGGCGGCUGGAGAGGGAGGGUCAGCUGAUGCACAGCCUACUGGAGCGUAUGGUGCCCCUGGUGCGCCGUGACUGCAACUACAGCAACCUGGACCGCCUGAAGAAAGAAGCUGUCUGGGAUGAGGAUAGCGCCACGUGGAAGCCGCCAGACGUGAUGGUGCAGAAAACAAUGCUGCCUUCAGCAGUGCCUCCAAAACUUUCAACUAGGGGAGGCACAGCUAGUGGAGAUGGUGGAGAGCCUUUCCUGCAGGUGGAAGAGGACAGAUAUAAAGAAAUGCUGGACAGGAGUGACAGUGAGAACAUCGUCAGCAGCUAUUUCAAGUCAAAAAGAGCCAGCCAGCUGCUGGGAGGUGACGCUGCCAAGAGACACAGCAUGGUCUUCCUAUGUUGGUCUCUGAUGGUGCUCUUCUCCAGCAGCCAUCCACUCCCCUCCACUGGUCAAUGGGGUGACCCACCUAACCGUCAGCAGUUCCACCACAAACCCACCUGUAAGCUCAAACUCCAUCCCACCACGCCCUUUUCGACUGGAAUCGCUGAGCGUCCUCGUGUCCAACAGCAAGGUGAAGCGCAAGAAAAGCAAAUCUCUCAUUCACAAUGACGAGACAUGAAAAGACUGUGUAUUCCCACACCUCGCCUUCUGUAAAAUAUUUGUCAUGUUACUGCUUACCAGAAAUGAACACAGCAAGGUUUUUUUUUUUUACUUUGAGUCCAGUUUUUUUU